AUGGUGGAGUUUGGGCUGCCACCACCAGGCAGCAGCCCCACCCAGCACAAGAAGAGCCUGGGGCUCCUCACCACUAAGUUCGUGUCGCUGCUGCAGGAAGCCAAGGAUGGUGUGCUCAACCUCAAGCGGGCAGCAGACACUCUGGCAGUGCAGCAGAAGAGGUGCGUCUAUGAUAUCACAAACGUCCUGGAGUUUAGACUGAUUGAGAAGUCAUCCAAGAACAGUAUUCAGUGGAAAGGCGUGAGCUCUGGCUGCAACACCUGCAAGAUUGCCCACAAUCUGAUCGAGCUGAAGGCUGAGAUCGAGGAUCUGGAGCAGCGGGAGCAGCAGAGCAUUCAAAACGUUUCUGACGAUGUCCAAAGUAACUGGUUCACCUAUGCAAUGGAUGAGGACCUCUGCAAAUGCUUUGCAGGAGCACGCUGCUAG